GUUGUGACGUAUAACUCACGCGACUUCUGCACGUAAACAGAGUCGAUGCGAAGUCAGAAGCCACUGUUAAUUCUCAUUUCGUCUCUGUUGAGAGCGUCGUGAAUUUGACUGGACAUCGACUGCUAAAUUCGUUUAAGGUGGCCCAUCUCUUAGCUCCCAUCCCAGGUAAUGGAGGACUUUUCUGGUUUGGCACUCCCUCCUCUAUUUGGGGGUCACAUCCUGGAAGCAGAACUGGAGCCAGGUGGUGUGGAGCUUGGACCUGGGGAGGUGGAAUUGGGCCCAGGGGGCAGUGAACUGUUGGAGAGCGCCGCCCCAGAGGACGAAGAGAGAAGAAUUCUUGAUAAGAGGAAAUAUCUGGCGCUGAACAGACGGUGCAAAGAGAUUGAACAGGUGAAUCACAAAAUCCUCGGUCGCCUUCACCAAGUCCAAAGACUGACACGACGUUUGAAGAAGGAAAGACGGUUCCUCAUGAAGACCCUUGAUGCUCACGGAGAUGACUACAGAAAUGCUCAGCUCACCAUGCUGCUGGAGGAUGAGCCUGGAGCACUUUCGGAUGUCGCUGCCGGGGCUGUGGAUGAUCGUAUAAACGGCGUCUCAGGAUCUGCCUCAUCUCCCGCUUUUCACCAUCCUUCCGGGCCCAAGAAGAAAAGACACGUGACGCCCAAGCAAGAGAAGGACAAAGAUUUACAAAAUGAAGCCGACAUGUCGGUGUUGUCGGACGCGCAGUUUGGUGACAUGCCAAGCCCAACCUCACUAUCACAUUGACAGAAAUAAAUGCAUGUACAUUAAGAGGCACACCAUGUGACAACUUCAGUUAGUAUGCAGGUACUGUCAUAUUUGGAUGUUUUGUCUUGUAGAAUGACAUCCCAUUCUAACAAUUAGUUUUUUUUUUCUCAACACUUUUUGCAUUACAUUUUUGCACAUUGUUAUUUGCAGAUUUGAUUUGUUGAUCUGUUGUCAAUAGUUUGUAUCAAAUAUUUAAAAAUUCAAUCUUUUACGGGUUUUGAAAUGUUGAUUACAAACAUUAAAAGCAGAAUGCUGUCGAUCAGGA